AUGAAAUCUCGACCUGUUGCAAUAGCUACUAUAAAUGGUACUUCAACACCAGCUAAACGAACAUUAUUUCGUAUUGCAUUAACUGUUGCUCUUGUUGGUUCAAUAUCUGUUAGUGCAAUCUUACUUUUAAAUAGUGGAUUUGCACUUGCACGUCUUCGAUAUUUUAUUGAUAUUGGUCUACAUCCUCUUCAUAUAACAUCAGCAAUAUUAAUGCUUUUUGGUAUUCUUUCCUUAGCAACAUUUAUUAUAUUAACAAUAGGAGUCGUAAAAGUGAAUAAAACACUUGCUAUUAUAGCAGCUAUUUUACUAGGUUGUUGUUCAAUUGGUCUUAUUAUAUUUAGUAUUUGGUCAUUUUUAACUAUUACAAGUGGACAUUUACCAGCAUCAAUUAACACUACAAUUGUUACAGAAUUAGAUCAAACUCAAUAUAGUGUAGGUACUGGAAAUAAUAUUAUUAUUGAAAAUACAAAUAAAAUGGCAAGAUUAGAAAAACAACAUCAAUGUUGUGGUCUUAAUGAUCCACUUGAAGAUUAUCGAAGUCGACAACCAUCUGCAUUUGGAUCAUUAAAUCCUACACCAGCAUCAUCAGGUGGAAGUGGUAAUAGUCGAAGUAAAACAACAUCUACACAAAGAAAUGCAGCAACAUUUGGAUCUUCUGUACAAUUACCAAUUAGUUGUUGUAAUGAAAAAUAUCGUUCAGCUGAUAAUUUAUGUAUUGAUAUGUUUGCUAAUAAUACAAGUCCAUUAUAUCGUUAUAAUACAGAUGGAUGUUAUGCUGUUGUUGCUAGACAUAAAUUUGAACGUAUUCAACGGCAAGGUUUUACAACUGUUGUUGCCGCAUGUUUAGCCGUAAUUAGUUGUAUUGCUCUUGCGGCUGUUGUACGACUAUUAGGUGAAGGUUAUCAAAUUGUACCAUUACGUGCUACGACAUAA